UAUAUACCUAUACACGCGAAAAUAGAUAAAUUUCUAAAUAAAUAGAUCAAAUAUUGACAAUUAUUCUGCAAUUAAAUCUACAGAGACAGUUGGCUUUUAGAUUUUUUGGAUUAAAUCUGUUCAAGACAGACUUUUUUUCAAAUUAUCUAAAUUUUAUUCUGAAAUGGAUAUCCAGUCAUAUUUUUUGUUGGUAAUAUUAAUAUUAAUAGGCCACAUUUCGAGUGCGUCUUCAGUGAAUUCGACAAAGGAAUGUCCUAAUAUAAAAACUUCGUUGGUUUCUGUGAGGAAGAGACGCCAUCUUGCUUUUCCUCCGGGAUCUGCUGCUUCGGUGACUACAUCAGUGGUGAAAACGUUCAUGACCCACGUACCAUCAGGUUGGUUUGUGGUGGUUGAAGCUGAACUGGUGUACAUGCUGCCAGACCAUACGAUGAUCAGCGCCCACAAGAGAAGGAAGCUUCAUCAUCGACAGAAGAAGGAGAUUUGGGAGACACUUAAAGGCGCUUUGGAGCAACGCAAUAUGAACGGGCGAGGCUGUAUCAUACGGACGAUAUGUGAGGCCAAGAUGCGGUUAGCACCAAAAGGAAAGUCUCUUGUUCACGACAUCUUGAGAGCUAUGUUCACGUAA